AGAAGAAGACCUGAGAUCCACAACACCGUUUGAGCGCUAAAAUCGGUCACCAGUGGCUGGCGGUUAGUUCGCUAGUGGGCAUUCUCACUACUGGUUGCCAGUGAUGUUUAUAAAUGACAUUUACGGAUGCCAUUCCAUUGCUGUUGACAGCGAAUCGGUUUUCUUGCCGCUAAAACAAACUAAAAACUGCUGGACAUUCUGGGACAUCCUGAAGCCUUCUUCACUGAAGUUGAACCUCUCUCUUUGAAGUUCUUGAUGAUCCGAUGUUCAUCAUGAGAGAGCAGGUGGAUGUGAUUCAUGCUGGAGAACAGCAGAUGCUGCAGAUACCAGUGAAGAUUGAAGUGAAGCAGGAGAUAAAAGAAGAAAACAGAACAGAGGAACAACAGGGUGACGAAGAUGAUGAUGAUUUUAUUCCUUCGGAGCUGAUGAAAGUAAGAGAAGAAUGUGAAGAGCUGAAGGAAGUGGAGGAGGAACAACAACAUGGUUUCAUAACUGGAAACAAAUAUUUAAGUGGCUCAAAGACAGAAGACAAUUUCUCACCUAAAAAGCCUCGAAGAACAACCAAGAAAUCUUUCACCUGCUCUCAGUGUGGAACAUGUUUCCCAUGUAAAAGCAAACUUGGUAAACACAUGAGAGUUCAUACUGGAGAGAAACCUUACAAGUGCCAUCAGUGUGGAAAAGGUUUUGCAUAUGCAACCAAUCUCAAGAGACAUCUCUUUUGUCACUCUGGAGAAAAGCCAUUUGAAUGUGAUAAAUGUGGUAAAACAUUUGUUCUGGCACAGUACCUAAAACAACACCUGAAAACUCACACAAAUGAGAAGCCUUACAAGUGUUCAUUUUGUGAAAAGAGUUUUGCACAACUGUUCUAUUUGAAACAGCACCAGAAAAUACAUACCGGUGUGGCAGCUCAUAUGUGCUUUGAAUGUGGGAAGUUCUUUAUCACAGCCAGCAGCUUGAAACAGCACCAAAUAAUUCAUACUGGAGAGAAACCAUACAAGUGCUCACACUGUGAAAAGAGUUUCACUCUGUCAGAAAGCCUGAAAACACAUGAGACAGUUCAUACUGGAGAGAAACCAUACAAGUGCUCACACUGUGAAAAGAGUUUUACUCGGUCAGAAAGCCUAAAAACACACGAGAGAAUUCAUACCGGAGAGAAACCAUACAAGUGCUCACACUGUGGAAAGAGUUUCACUCAGUCAGAAAGCCUGAAAACACACAAGAGAAUUCAUACCGGAGAGAAACCAUACAAGUGCUCCCACUGUGAAAAGAGCUUCACUCAGUCAGAAAACCUGAAAACACACGAGAGAAUUCAUACUGGAGAGAAACCUUACAAGUGUUCACUCUGUGAAAAGAGUUUCGCUCAUUCACAAAGCCUGAAAACACAUGAGAGAAUUCAUACUGGAGAGAAACCUUACAAGUGCUCCCACUGUGAAAAGAGUUUCACUCAGUCAGAAAACCUGAAAACACAUGAGAGAAUUCAUACUGGAGAGAAGCCUUACAAGUGCUCCCACUGUGAAAAGAGUUUCACUCAGUCAGAAAACCUGAAAACACACGAGAGAAUUCAUACUGGAGAGAAAGCUCACAAGUGCUCACACUGUGGAAAGAGUUUCACUCGGUCACAAACCCUGAAAACACAUGAGAGAUUUCAUACUGGAGACAAACAGAGCUUGCGAGUACGGAGCGGUGAUAAUUCUACCUGAUACAUGCAUACAUGCAUGGCCAGUAGAGCAGUUCAUUUGGAGGUGGCAUACUCCUUGGACACUGAUUCUUGCAUAAAUGCUUUUUUUGCUUAAAAGUUUUUAGCACACAAAGAAAUUAAAUGGAGUUUUAAUACACCUGCAGCUUUACAUCAUGGUGGCAGAUGGGAGCGCAUCAUCCGAAUGGUAAGAAGGGUGUUGUACUCCGUUUUGAAUCAACAAACACUUGAUGAUGAAGGAUUGCACGCUCUGCUGUGUGAAGCAAUUCUCAAUGAUCAACCCAUCACCGAAAUGUCUGAAGAUCCUAAUGAUCUUGAAGCACUUACACCAAUCAUCUUCUUACAAUGAAGAGAAAACCAAUCUGUCCUCCUGGUCUUUUUGAUAAAUCAGAACAGUAUGUAAGAAGGUGGAAACAAGUACAAUAUCUCUCAGAUCUUUUUUGGAAAAGAUGGAUAAAAGAGUACUUACCUUUUUACAGAAAAGGCAAAAAUGGACCAAAGAGAGGCAUAAUCUUAUGUCUGGUGAUAUUGUACUCAUUGCUGAUUCUACAGCCCCAUGCAAUUCUUGGACUCUUGCUAGAGUACUAGAGACUUUCCCAGAUAAAAAGGGUUUGUUAGAUCUGUACGAGUUCAAAUCAAAACAAACACAGUAGUAAGACCAGUAACAAAGCUUUGUCUUUUAUUAGAGAUGUGAAACAAAAAAGGUUCAAAUGCAUGGUGUACUCUUAUUCUAAAAGAAAAAAAGGGGUACGAGUAAAUAUUUAUUUUUUAUAUAUUGAUGUAUAUAGACUCUUGUGAUGGCUUCUUAUGUUAAUAAAUGUAUUUAAUUGUUUAUGCCCUAUGUCAUUAACGAUUAGGGGCUAGUAUGUUGGGGCCAUUAUAUUUAGUUGUUAUCUUUGUUUAAGCCACUAGAGGGUGUAUGUGUAUUGAGUAUUUAAGGAAGGCGAUGAUGCGUUACAGGUGCGCAAUGGAAGGUUAAACAAAUUUGACCGUGCCGUGAGUGUGCUGUGCAGCGUAUUUCCAAGACUGUGCUCACACCAAUAACUGCUUGUUUUGAACUAAAUAUUUAGUUUGUUAGUGGAAAGUCGAAGUUUUGGAAUAUAUAUUUGCCAUUUGUUUUGUUUGGUUGUUUGCUAUGCCAAAGGGACAAUAAAUGGAUUGGCUUAUCCGAC